UAAAUUAAAUCUCUAAACCUAAUGCAAACUGUCACUAUUGAACACAAAGAAAAGGCAAUGAAGCCUGCCACUGUCUUCAGUUUAGUGAAAAAAGGUAAGCCCAUCAAAUAAUCUCCGGCUGGAGAAAAAAUACCAGUCGGAAAGCCCAUUUACAGUAUCCUCUUUCUCAUAUUACUAUUAGACGGGGAAGUUUUGCCGCCGAGGGUGUCUUACUAGCGUUAGGGUUUUGUUGAACUGAUCGGAUAGAUUGAUUAAUGUCAGAGAAGUUGAACAAUUGAAUACUGGACAUGAGCAGCCGGCUUGAAAUUUGUGAAGAGAAUGAAGGGGAGCAUGUCGAAACCCAGGAUUUCUUCUUCGAGAAAAUCGGCGAACCCGUUCCUGUCAAAUCUCAACCGGAUUCCCAGUUCGAUCUCCGAAGUCCUCCUUCUCAGCCCCUUGUCCUCUCCCAACGUUUCCAACUCCUGUUUCUAGCUCAUUCUUCUGGGGGGUUCUUGGUGGCGAGGACCAAGGAUGUGAUUGAUUUAGCCAAGGACAUUAGGGAAAAAGCCUCCUCUUCAAGUAUUGAAGAUCUGAGUUUGGUGGAAGUUCCCAUUGGCAAGGUUCACAUUCUUGCUCUUUCCACCAUCGACGACACCAUACUUGCAGUUUCUGUGGCAGCUGAUAUUCAUUUCUUCAGUGUCAGCUCCCUUCUUAAUAAGGACAUAAAGCCAUGUUUCUCCACUUCGCUCCCUCAGUCAAGCUUUGUCAAGGAUAUUCGUUGGAGAAAGAAGAAGGAUAACUCUUUCCUAGUUCUUUCAGAUGAUAGAAAGCUAUAUCAUGGAACUCUUGCACAUCCUCUUAAGCAUGUGAUGGAUAAUGUUGAUGCUGUUGAAUGGAGUGCAAAAGGUGCUUUUGUUGCCGUGGCCAAAGAUAAUAGCCUUAGUAUUUUGUCAUCCAAAUUCAAUGAAAAAUUGUGCGUAGCUCUUUCAUUCAAGUCUUGGGUUGGUGAUUCCAACGAUGAUUGCACUGUAAAAGUGGAUACCAUCAGAUGGAUUCAUCCUGAUUGCAUUAUUCUUGGAUGCUUUCAGUUUACCAGAGAUGCGAAAGAAGAAAAUUACCUCGUCCAAGUAGUCAAAAGCAAGUCAGGCAAAAUCACAGAUGCUACUUCCAAUUUGGUUGUUCUAUCCUUUAGUGAUUUGUUUGCUGGUCUAAUUGAUGAUAUUGUGCCCUUCGGAACCGGCCCUUACUUAUACUUGAGUUAUUUGGAACAAAGCAAGCUUGCAAUUGCUGCUAACAGAAAGAACACGGAUCAGCAUAUUGUGUUACUCAGUUGGUCACUUGGUGAGACUGGUGAAGCUUCAGUUGUUGAUAUUGAGCGUGAUAAUUGGCUCCCCAGGAUUGAACUUCAAGAUAAUGAUGAUGAUAAUUUGAUCAUGGGGCUUUGCAUUGAUAACGUGUCUGUGUGUGGGAGUGUUAAAGUGCAACUUGGAGUUGAAGAAGUUAGGGAGCUUUCACCAUGUUGUGUUCUUAUAUGCCUUACUUUAGAGGGCAAACUUAUUAUGUUCCAGAUUGCAAGUGCCAGGGAAAAUGAUGUUCCACCUGAUGUUUCUGCCCUUUCUGAUAAAGAAGAGGAUACCCCUGCUGUGGUGUCUGCUGAAAUGGAUCCACCUGAACUUACAUAUGGAGAGGGUGAACAAAAGUCAGAACUGGUAGCUUUGUCUCUUCCAUUGAUGGAUAAAGGCAAAACUGAGCUUCUCACCAAUGGAAGUAGUGAUGUAAACCUUUCUCAAAUGAAUGUGAAUUCAGUUACACAUGCUACUGAUAAACUAUUCCAUAAUGAUGAUAUUAAAACAGCAGUGUCCUUGAAGAACUCCCAGUCUUCGGAAGCUGUGGGCCAACAAAAACCUCCAACCUCAAUGCUGUACCAAGAAGCAGGUACUCAACAAAAAUUGUUUUUUGGAGGGCAAGGUACCAAUUCAGGACAAUCAUUUCUGAGGACUUCUCAAUUAGAGGGACCUGGUAACAAGGUGAGGGAUGGUAGUCAAACAGAAGCUCAAAAAAUUCCAGGAUUUGGAUCUGUUACUCCUGUGGCGAAAGUUUCAAAUGACUCCUUAUUACAACCAAGCCAUGAGAGCAUACCAAAAAAGUUUGAGCUGGUUAAGGAACCAGUAGGUGAAGCUGGAUCAAUUGGUUUGCAGAGUACAUCUGUUAAGUUGUGGCCAAAUCCAUCAUCCCAGCCAUUUUCAAGUGGAAAAUUCAUGGUUUCAAAGGAGUCUGAUGCCAGAGCUUCAUUUUCAUCUCCAAGUACACCAGUAGAUAUUGGGGCCCAGAAAUUUUCAUUAGGGGCAGGAAAUAUUGAGUCAGUACCUUUAAUUCGUGGCUCACAGUCAUCCUCCCUACUAAAUUUUGCAAUGGAAAAGUCUUUCAACCAAAAGCUUCAUCCCUCCAAGGAUGAGUAUAAAUCUGCAAUCCAGUCAAGGAUGUUGAAAUUGGAACCACAGUUAUUGAAACAAUUCGGCAAUAUUAAAGAGAUGGCGAAAGAACUAGACACACUUCUGGAAUCUAUAGAAGAAGCUGGUGGCUUUAGGGAUGUUUGCACUGUUUUUCAGAGAAGUUCAGUUGAAGAGCUGGAGCAUGGCAUAGCAGUUCUUUCUAAAAAAUGCAGGAGUUGGAAGAAUGUAAUGGAUGAGCAGCUUGGGAAGAUCCAACAACAUCUUGAUAAAACCAUACAAGUUUUAGCAAGGAAAAUAUACAUAGAAGGCAUUAUUAAACAAGCUUCAGAUAGGCAAUACUGGGACCUGUGGAAUUGCCAAAAGUUGAGUUCUGAGCUUGAGCUUAAGCAGCGACAUAUAUUGAAAUUGAAUCAAGAUUUGACCAAUCAGUUAAUCGAAUUAGAGAGGCAUUUCAACACCAGGGAGCUUCAUAAAUUUGGUGAUGAUGAUGGAGUUCGUGAUGGUCGGAGAACUUUUCAGAGUAGAUUUGGGCCUUCAAGACAUGUUCUGUCCCUGCAUUCUUUACAUAGCACAAUGAGUUCACAACUAGCAGCUGCUGAGCAACUUUCUGAAUGUCUCUCGGAACAAAUGGCUAUACUGAGUGUACAGUCCCCUGUGAAAAAACAGAAUGUUAAGGAGGAGUUGUUUCAAAUGAUUGGAAUAGCUCAUGAUGCCUCUUUCACCUCUCCGCAUGCUACAAAACCUAGCAAUAAGUCUAAGAAACUUGUUAUUUCCUCUGGGUCCUCUGCUUCUAGAAAUCAGUCGAGGAGAAACCAAUCCUGUGCUCUGAAGAGUUCUGAUCCAGAAUAUUCUAGGAGGAGUAGGGAAUCAUUGGAUCAGAGCUGGGCUACUUUUGAGCCUCCAAAAACAACUGUAAAAAGGAUGCUUUUGCAAGAAUCAGCAAAUGUAAAAAGAUCACUUUUAACCGAUAAACAGAACUUUAGCCCUUACGCCUCCGAGGAGUCGACAAGUUUAUUCUCAAAGGAACUCAAAGCAACUUCAACCACGUUGCAUCAAUCUGGAAAUGAAGUUAAAACAAAAAUUCAGGAUGCAUUACCGAGACAGGAAUCUGAAACAACUGUUUUCCGAUGGGCUAAUAAUAGUUCUCUAUUACCACCAAAUUAUGCUGGGUGGAAAUCUUCUACUGUGCAAACAAGUAACUUCAAUGCUCUGCCAUCAGCAUCAGGAUCACAACCUAUGUUGGUGCAGAAUUCUUCUGGGGAAACACGCAGUAUCCCUGUUGCUAAACUAAACUCCGGAGCUUCUCAGGUUGAGAGAUCUAAUAUAUCAUCUUUCAAUGAGAAUGAAAUCCAAUCCACUCUACAGUUUAGACCUAAUCUACAUCAAGAGUCUUCAAUCUCCCAGGUGGCUUCAUUGCCAAAGAAAUCUACUGACAUCUUAAAUUCGGAUGGUAAAGGGAUUGUGCUUGCUAAUUCAGCGCUGGGGGAUGUGAAACAUGUGUCAUCUACCACAAAGAGUACAUUAUUUGGUUCUUCUAAUGAUAACAACUCUCAGUUCAUACCUCCUGCUGCUGUUUCUGCAUCUUCUGCCCCAUCAGCCAAAGUUUCACAAUUCAAUGUUGUGACAAGCAAAAUCCAGCCAAGUGAAAAGGUAUCACAGUCGUUUGCAUUCUCUAAACCUGUUGAAGAUUCGUCAUCUUCAAUAUUCAGUUCCUCAAGUCGAUCAUUUUCAUCAUCAUUUUCAACUAUGACAGCCUCAUCACUCACAUCAGUUAAUGUCUUAUCUACCGAAACUAGUGCAACAUCAGCACCAAAAUUUUCCUUUUCAACUUCAUUUUCUGCAGUGCCUACUUCACCUGCAGCACAAUCUAGUGAACCAAGUUCUGUAGUUGCAGUAGAUGCUAAUAGAAAAGCUUCAUCUUUCUCACCAUCAUCAGUUCCUUUCUCUGCUUUUGUUUCCUCUUCUGAUUCCUUGUCUAUUCAGCCUCUUAAAAUGCCUGUACCGUUGCCUGCUGAUUUAUCUCCCGUGAGUUCUUCUGAGAUUUUAAAAGUUGAGGCCCAACCACAUAAGGAAAUACAUGACUUAAAAAAGGAUGGGGAUCCGAUUAUACAGGCACCACCUCUGCAACAUGAACUUCCAGCAACAGAAUUGAGCUUGAAGCCUAAGUUUGCUGUCUCAUCACCAAAGAAAAGUGAAACUCCUACUGGAGUGCUAUCUGGAAGCCAAACCAGCAUCAUUGAUCUUGCAAGUCCUGCAACUAAUUUGGCAUUAAAUCCUCAGCCACCGCGGCCUUCUACUGGAGAUAGUCUUUCAGCUCCUUCGUCAAUUAGUAUUAAUACCACAAAUGGAAAAAGCAGAAGUUUGGAUCUCACACAAGAGGAUGAGAUGGAGGAGGAGGCUCCUGAGACAAACCAAAUGACUGAACUUGGCUUGGGAAGCUUAAGUAGCUCUGGGAUUGGCUCAACCCCUAACCCAACUGCUCCUAAGCCAAACCCAUUUGGUGCUCCAUUCGGAGUUGUGGCUACAAGUGCAGCUACCUCUUCAUUCACCUCAACAGUUAAUCCUGGAGAGUUGUUUAGGCCUGCAUCUUUUAGCUUCCAAUCUCCACAGCCUUCCCAAUCAGCUCAACCUGCAAGUUUCGGUACAUUUUCUGGUGGCUUUGCUUCUGGAGCCCCUGGUCAGGCUCCUGCUCAAUGUGCUUUCGGCCAACCAGCACAGCUUGGAGCUGGACAGCAGGCUUUGGGAUCAGUUCUUGGUGCUUUUGGCCAGUCAAGGCAGCUUGGUACUGCUCUACCAGGAAGUAGUUUUGCUUCGGGGAGUGGUUUUGGUGGUGGUUUUGCAAGUCCUCAAUCUGCUGCUGGAUUUUCUAAUGCUGCGACAGGAGGUGGGUUUGCUGGUUUGGCUUCAGGUGGUGGUGGGUUUUCUGGGGUUGCUUCAGGUGGUGGAUUUGGUGUUCCAGCUUCAGGCGGUGGGGGAUUUGGUAGCUUAGCUAGUGGAGGAGUUGCAGGUUCUGCCUCAUGUGGUGGUGGAUUUGCUGGAGCAGCUGCUGGUGGUACUGGAGGAUUUGCUGCUCCUGCCUCAGGUGGUGGUUUCGCAGGAGCUGCUGGCUCAGGGAGUGGUGGGUUUGGCGUUUUCAGCAGCCAACAAAGAAAUGCUGGUUUCUCAGCCUUUGGAGGUGGCGGAGGACAAACUGGAAAACCUCCUGAGCUUUUCACACAGAUGAGAAAAUAGUUUUAACGAAUUCUAGAUGGAUUGGAUUUUAGUUUGUCGUGGGAGUCUGAGUAUAUAUGUCUUAACAACUCAACUGGUAAGUUUAAAUUAAUAGGAAAUAUCAUCUUUAUUAUCAUAUAUAUAAUUGUUGAAGGUUUAUACAUCUAAUUGUUGAGCAUUUUUAGUCCUGUUUAAAAUUUGAUAUACGUGAUUGAAUUGAAGUGAAAAACUUUGCACUAGUGUAAAA